GUGAUUUAUCAAGAUGGGGGGAGGAUUUAGAGUGCUCCAUCUGGUGAGACCGUUUCUUUCGUUUCUGCCUGAGGUUCAGACUGCUGACAGGAAAAUUCCCUUUAGAGAGAAAGUUAUUUACACCGUGAUCCUCUUCAUCUUUCUGGUGUGCAGUCAACUUCCACUUUAUGGCAUACAUUCCACCACGGGUGCCGAUCCAUUUUAUUGGAUGCGUGUAAUCCUUGCAUCCAGCCGUGGAACUGUGAUGGAACUUGGGAUCACGCCCAUUGUGACAUCUGGACUUGUGAUGCAACUUUUGGCUGGGUCUAAGAUCAUUGAAGUGGACAAUAGUGUUCGUGAGGAUCGUGCACUCAUGAAUGGGGCUCAGAAGUUGUUGGGUAUCCUGAUUGCUGUUGGUGAGGCUGUUGCAUAUGUACUAUCAGGAAUGUAUGGAAGUGUUGGUCAACUUGGUGUUGGGAAUGCUAUUCUUAUAAUUGUUCAACUUUGCUUUGCUGGAAUUAUCGUGAUUUGCUUGGAUGAACUUCUCCAAAAGGGAUAUGGUUUGGGCUCGGGGAUUUCUCUUUUCAUAGCCACCAACAUUUGUGAAAGCAUUAUUUGGAAAGCUUUUAGCCCCACGACAAUCAACAGUGGCCGUGGAGCUGAAUUUGAGGGAGCUGUUAUUGCAUUGUUCCAUUUGCUGAUAACAAGGAGUGACAAAGUUCGUGCUCUCCGAGAGGCUUUUUACAGGCAAAACCUUCCAAAUGUUACUAAUCUGCUUGCUACAGUCUUGAUCUUCCUUAUUGUUAUAUACUUCCAAGGUUUCCGUGUGGUGUUGCCUGUGAGAUCAAAGAAUGCCCGUGGACAACAGGGUUCAUACCCAAUUAAGCUAUUUUACACAUCCAACAUGCCUAUCAUUCUUCAAUCUGCACUUGUCACAAAUCUAUAUUUCAUCUCCCAGUUGCUUUACAGGAAGUACAGUGGUAAUUUCUUUGUAAAUCUGUUGGGUACAUGGAAGGAGUCUGAAUAUUCAGGCCAGUCUAUUCCUGUUGGUGGUCUUGCUUACUAUGUCACUGCACCGUCAAGCUUGGCCGAUAUGGCAGCCAAUCCUUUCCAUGCUCUGUUCUAUCUGAUUUUUAUGCUGACAGCAUGUGCACUGUUCUCUAAAACAUGGAUUGAAGUAUCUGGCUCUUCUGCCAGAGAUGUGGCUAAGCAGCUCAAGGAGCAACAAAUGGUGAUGCCUGGACAUCGAGACUCAAAUCUACAGAAGGAACUGAAUCGCUACAUUCCCACUGCAGCUGCCUUUGGAGGAAUUUGCAUUGGUGCACUGACAGUCUUGGCAGACUUCAUGGGGGCAAUUGGCUCAGGAACUGGAAUUCUACUUGCCGUUACAAUCAUAUAUCAGUACUUUGAGACAUUCGAGAAGGAGAAAGCCAGCGAACUUGGCUUCUUUGGCUUUUAAACUCUAGUAAUCUUGUUUUAGAGGGGCUGGUAGGUGAUAAGGAGCUUCCUGAAGAACAUCUUGAAUAGUUCAAAUAUUUGAUAUAGGUCUCACUCACCUUGAUAACACGCCACGGAUAGAGAUGGUCAGUAACUUCCUUUUCUACGCAUGUUUAUUUAUUUAAUUUUCUUCUUGUAGUGCCUGGGAAAACUUUUGUAUGUUAAGCUCUCUGAAAUAGAUGAAAACAUAUUAAGCUUAUUUCA